GGGGGAAAAGGGGGAAAAGGGCGGGGGAAGGGAAGCGGUCGAUUUUGCCCUCUUCUCCGUCAUGGUGGUCGGUUUAGCUUCCGGCGUGAGGAUGGGGGUCUGGAAGUGUCCCUAUGGCAACAGCGCGCCUUUCCAAUAAUCUCCCAGGCCCCGCACGCCUCCCUCGAGAGCCCCUUUCUCUGCGCUCCUGCUCUGCUUUCCUCCCGCCCCCUUUGAAGGCCUGAAAGUGACGGAGAGAGAGAAAAGAGCGGUCGAGUGAACGGCGAGCGCGGGAGUUUCCUUAGUUCUAACCUCCUGCUUUGGGAGACGGGCCUGUCGGAGCUUGAGGGUUGGUCGCGUUUCCUUGCGAAUGUUUUCAUAUUUCUCGUGUGUGUGGUGUAUUUUUGAUUCAGCCCUGUUCCAAAGAUUCUUGAAGAUUUAUCUUGCGUCAGUUAUGUAAGGAGCAUAAUGAUGGAUGAAACUGCUGACUGUAUGAAGAUGGAUGCUGGAGACUAUAUGCAAACUAAUCAUACUUCUGUGUUCAAGACUUUUCCUGAGCAACAAAAUGUUAUUUCAGGCAACCAGCAUCCAUUGUCUGACAACAAGUUUUUAUCAAACAAGUUUAACAGCUUGGCGGGACCUUCUACUUGUUUAACCGGAAAUACUUCUUGUAGUUUUAAUUACUAUCCAGAAUCCCCAAGAUUUGAGAGCUGCCCAGCAGCUGGAGUAAAAAGAACAUUGGGAACAAGUGCCAAUGGUCAGUGGAAGAGUUGCAGCUUCCCUCUUGGCUCUGUUUCACAGAAGCCCAGAGUAAGUCGCAGUGUAUAUUUUGAAACACGCAAAAAUCCAAGUAUGACUGCAAAUUCCUUUGUAGGAAAAUCAAACCACCAUAGUCAAAUUUCUGCCUAUGAAAAAUCCUUUCCAAUUAAGUCCGUUGCUAAUCCAUCAUGUCGGCGGAGCUUAUUAAGUCCCAAGAAGUCUCAAAGAAGAUUCAUCAGCACUGCAGAAGAGACAGUUCGGGAAGAAGAGAAAGAAAUAUACAGGCAGCUGAUUCAAAUGGUUACAGGGAAAAAUCUGUCAGCUUCCAAAGCCUCUUCAUUAUUGUCUCUUCACCUGACCAGGUGUGGAGGUUCCAAUAAAAAAACUACAAAAGAAACCAAAAACAAAUGUAUGAAACCUUUUGAUGUUUGUGGCCCCUCUAUGGGCAACCAGUCAUCCAGUCUUCUUAGGAUGCAGGAGCACCAUUCUCACAAACCACUGCCACAACCAGUUUGUAGUUUUACUACCCAUGUUAACUUUGAUCCCAAGACCAGUACACCCAUACAACAAGCAAAUCUACCAGCAUUGGAUAUGCCAAAUGAAGGAUGUGAUUCAGUCAUAAUGCUAAAUGGCAAAGACUUCAGAUCUCCAGCUCCAAGUACACCUUUCUUUGAGGCUGAAUUGUGGAUAAAAGAAUUAACCAGUGUAUAUGACUCCCGAGCCCGUGAGAGAUUGCGACAUAUAGAGGAGCAGAAAGCUUUGGCAUUGCAGCUUCAGAAUCAGAGACUGCAGAAAGAGACCCCAGUACCUGAGUCAAUAAACUUACAUCUUCGAGUUCCUCUUGAAAAGGAAAUUCCUGUCACCAUUGUUCCAGAAAAUAAUAAGAGAGUGGAUAGUGAAGAUGAAUUUCCUGAAAUUACAGAGGAAAUGGAGAAAGAAAUAAAAAAUGUAUUACGAAGUGGAAACCAGGAUGAAGUGUUGAGUGAAGCCUUCCGAUUAACCAUCACUCGGAAAGACAUUCAGACUCUUAAGCAUCUCAACUGGCUCAAUGAUGAGAUUAUUAAUUUCUACAUGAAUAUGCUGAUGGAGAGGAGUAAACAGAAAGGCUUUCCAACCGUUCAUGCAUUUAACACAUUUUUCUUCACCAAGUUAAAAACUGCUGGGUAUUCAGCUGUAAAACGUUGGACUAAAAAAGUAGAUAUAUUUUCUGUGGACAUUCUAUUGGUUCCUAUUCACCUUGGUGUCCAUUGGUGCCUAGCAGUUACUGACUUCAGGAAAAAAAUCAUCACCUACUACGAUUCAAUGGGUGGAUCCAACAGUGAAGCUUGUAAGAUACUCUUGCAAUACUUAAAACAGGAAAGCCUAGAUAAAAAACGCAAGGAAUUUGAUACCAAUGGCUGGAUGCUCCUGUGUAAAAGAAGCCAGGAGAUCCCACAACAAAUGAAUGGCAGUGAUUGUGGGAUGUUUGCCUGUAAAUAUGCUGACUGCAUUACCAAAGACAAACCAAUCAACUUUACUCAACAACACAUGCCUUACUUCCGGAAACGAAUGGUCUGGGAGAUCCUCCAUCGUAAGCUGCUGUGAUUUCAUGCCAAGUAAGACUCUUCAGAGACUGAAAACUCCAGGUUUCCUCUUCUUGGCCACCUCCAAGUGGACUGCAUGGGUUUCUCCACUGACAAGACUCUCCGCAUUACACUUGGUGUUUUUAAAAAGAAAACCACAUCUAUUUCUUGGACCAGUGUGUCCAUGCAGCCUUUUUAAAGCACACACUUUCUUUUGUAUUUUGAAACCCUAUUUUCUACAAGGGACAUUUGAAACUUGGAGAAAUACAGCUUUUUAUCUUCAAGGAGAUUUCUGCUCCUCUUUUUGUAAAAAAAUGACCAGAUUCUGCAAAGGACUUAAGACGUCCCAGUGAUGAGCUGUAAAGCCUUGGUGCAGGAAAGCACUUGCAAUCUUUUCUUGGAUCUGUCACGAUCUGGAGAAGACUCUGUGCAUAGUACUAAAUAAUUGUGGAUUCUCCACAUUACUUUUGCUGCAGCUAAUUAUCAGAUGUAAAACAUGCAGGGAUGUGUGUCGGGGAAUCUAUUUGGCCCAGAUUUUCCAGAAGUGUUUGCAUGAUAAGUGUUUUCUGCUUCUUAUAAUCUGCUGUUAAUAACAUGGGUGUUUUCCACAGCAGUUGUAGCAACUUAGAUUCCCUUUUAUUCUUACACUAUUAAAGAGAAAUGGAAUUUUUAGAGAAUGGAAGGCGAAUAGACACCAGCACAUGAAAAGUGACCACUUGCUCUGUUAUCCACCAUGGCAGGUAACCUUUUUAAUUCUACAGUAAGGCUGCCCAGUAGAAAAUUAACAAUGCUUUAUUUUGACAUUCAGUGUUUAUCUUGUCACAGAAAAUGAGUCAUCGUCUGAUUAUUGAGUGAUUAUGAGGAUUAUGUUAUCCUCUGAUAUUCAGGAAUAGCCAUUUAUCCUAAAGCCAGGCAAGGAUUUGUGGGCAGGGGCAUUCUGCACCGAAAGUCCUUAUUCUUCACUGCCCCCUCCCCAAGCCUGCUGUGGUGAG